GGUGGAAUGCUGGGAUCAGUGGGAUGCUGGGAUCAGUGGGAAUGCUGGGAUCAGUGGGAUGCUGGGAUCUGUGGGAAUGCUGGGAUCAGUGGGAUGCUGGGAUCAGCGGGAAUGCUGGAAUUAGCAGGAAAGCUGGGAACAGUGGGGAUGCUGGAAUUAGCAGGAAUGUUGGGAUCAGUGGGGAUACUGAGAUUAAUGGGGAUGCUGAGAUCAGCGGGAAUGCUGGGAUCAGUGGGGAUCCUGGGAUCAGUGGGGAUGCUGGGAUCAGUGGGAAUGCUGGGAUCAGUGGGAUGCUGGGAUCAGCGGGAAUGCUGGAAUUAGCAGGAAAGCUGGGAACAGUGGGGAUGCUGGGAUUAGUGGGAAUGCUGGGAACAGUGGGGAUGCUGGGAUCAGCAGGAAUGCUGGGAAUGGUGGGGAUUCUGAGAUCAGUGGGACCACACAGAUCACAGGAAAGUGGCAGCAGAGACAAACAGCGGCAACAUUUCCAGAUGAAAGUUAGCAGCCUUCAUUACAUCCUGCUGUACAACUUCCUGUCCAACACGUGAUGAGGCUGUAACAGAGAUGCUUCACGUGUGUGGAUAUAAACAUGGAGCAGAUUAGGAUGGGGUCUGCAGACAGGUGGAACCUCUUGUGUUGUG